CAUCGAGCACGGUAAAUUUGAUUUGUUUGGGUUGAAUGUUUUCUGGAGGUACAAACAAGCGUUUCGUGGUCAAAGUCGUAUAGAAUUCUACAAAAUAGUGCUUAUAUUUGUGACCUAUAAUGCCGAAAGUUCGCCGCAGUAGAAAGCAACCGCCAGAAGGAUGGGAACUUAUUGAACCGACUCUCGAAGAGCUUGAGCAGAAGAUGCGAGAAGCCGAAACGGAACCCCACGAAGGCAAGCGUAUUACGGAAUCAUUAUGGCCCAUCUUCAAAAUUCAUCACCAAAAGUCCCGCUACAUCUACGACCUGUUCUACCGGCGAAAAGCUAUAAGCCGCGAGCUGUACGACUACUGCCUGAAGGAAAAAAUCGCGGAUUCCAACUUGAUAGCAAAGUGGAAAAAGUCCGGUUAUGAGAACCUGUGUUGCCUGCGUUGCAUACAAACCAGAGACACCAACUUCGGUACAAACUGUAUUUGCCGCGUGCCAAAGUCCAAAUUAGAAGAGGGGCGUGUUGUGGAAUGUGUGCAUUGCGGUUGUCGCGGAUGUUCUGGAUGAAGAAGACGAUAUGUAAUUACAGUAACAUUCACCAUAUGUAACUAACGACGUUUUGAAUCAUGUUUGGAUAAAAAGUGAUUUGACUGAAAAUGCUCUCC